CGCACGCAGGAUGGGGGGAGGGAGCGCACAACGUGCGCGCGCCCUCUCCCUCCUCCACCGCUGCCGCCUCCUUCUUCUGCCGCUCCUGGUGCUGCUUGUGUGCUCGUUCGGUGCGGACCUGGUACCUCUUUUGUGAAGCGGCAGCUGAGGAGACUCCGGCGCUCGCCAUGGCCGACGAAAAGCCCAAGGAAGGAGUCAAGACUGAGAACAACGAUCAUAUUAAUUUGAAGGUGGCGGGGCAGGAUGGUUCUGUGGUGCAGUUUAAGAUUAAGAGGCAUACACCACUUAGUAAACUAAUGAAAGCCUAUUGUGAACGACAGGGUUUGUCAAUGAGGCAGAUCAGAUUCCGAUUUGACGGGCAGCCAAUCAAUGAAACAGACACACCUGCACAGUUGGAAAUGGAGGAUGAAGAUACAAUUGAUGUGUUCCAGCAGCAGACAGGAGGUGUCUACUAAAAAGGGAACCUGCUACUUUACUCCAGAAUUCUGUUCCUCCAGACCAAGAAGACAUUCUCAAUUAGAAAACCGCAAUUUGGUUCCACCACAUCCUGACUACUACAGUAUAGUUUCUCUAUUCUUUCAUUUUCCCCUUCCCCAUUCCUUUAUUGUACAUAAAGUAACUGGUGUAUGUGCACAAGCAUAUUGCAUUUUUUUUUUAACUAAAUGGCCAACGGUAUGUUUUGAUCGACAUCAAAUGGAGAUGGAAUGGGGAAAAAUACUGGUUCUGUGAAGAUACCCCCUUUUCUCCAUUAGUGGCAUGCUCAUCCGCUCUUAUCUUUAUAUUCCAGUAAGUUAUUUUGCUCUCACUGUUUAACAAAAAAAGAACAACAUAAAAAUUCUUGCAUACCUUGUUCGAUUGGAGAAUUUUAAUGUUUUUCAUUUAUCAUUGUAAAACCAAGGACAAUUUUAUAACUUUUUUGUACGUAGCUGUUACAUGUAGGGCAAUCUGUCUUUAAGUAGGGAUAAAUUACUCUAAAAGAAAUGAAUCCUAGAUAGUUUUCCCUUCAAGUCAAGCGUCUUGUUGUUUAAAUAAACUUCUUGUUUAAAAUGA